GCGUGUCACGUGGAUGGGCAGUCCAGGCGGAAGCGGAGGACCGUGACGGCGAGAAAGGUAAGCGUCGAAACUCGCUAAAUAGCUUCCGAUUGCGGAUUUUCUCUUCCUCGGCGCCUUUUGCCUUCCCCGCCGAAAGGAGGGGAGCCUUUAAGUUGGCCUUUCGUUCGUCCUACUUUGUUUGGACGACAAAUCGUCAGCUCGCCGCGCCGGCCAGGCCGCCAUGUUCGCCGCCGUCGGAUAGCCAGGAAAUGUGCGGCGGACUUGGCCAGCAAACACAGGGCUAGUGGGCGAUCGUUUUUAUUUUUUUGUUCCUCCACGUCGGAGCCCAAAAGCCGCCGAUUGGCUCGGUGACUCGCUCGCGCGCGCUCGGGCCCCGUUCCGACCAAAACGGUCGACGCCGGGAAGGGAAUUUCCCCUAGCGUCAUCUCAUCGCUGACUAGCUGGGCGAUCGAUCACCGGCCAGCUGUCGCGAGCUUUUGGCAUCAUCGCCGCCGGCCCAAGGUAUAGCUAUAGUAUUCAAAGAGGCCCAUUGACGGUGCUGGGCGUCCAAUCCAUUCGGACCGACCGGGAGGGCUGACGUCUGCCAAUGUUUAGUUUUUCUUUGAGCCCAACUUGUUUCCAAAUGUAGAAAAGCAGAGCUCCAUCGUCAGGAUCUUCUCGGAGCGCGCCAACCGGUCGCCAUGCAGAGCACCGCCAACUACCUGUGGCUCAUCUCCGACCUCCUGGGUCAGGGCGCCACGGCCAACGUGUACCGCGGCCGGCACAAGAAAACGGGCGACCUGUACGCCGUCAAGGUGUUCAACAACCUCAGCUUCCUGCGGCCGCUGGACGUGCAGAUGAGAGAGUUCGAAGUCCUCAAGAAGCUCAACCACAAAAACAUCGUCAAGCUCUUCGCCGUGGAGGAGGAGUCCAACGCGCGCCACAAGGUUCUGGUGAUGGAGUACUGCUCCUGCGGAAGCCUUUACACCGUUUUGGAGGAGUCGUCCAACGCCUACGGGCUCCCCGAGGACGAGUUCCUCAUCGUCCUCCACGACGUGGUGGCGGGGAUGAAUCACCUGAGGGAGUACGGCAUCGUGCACCGCGACAUCAAACCGGGAAACAUCAUGCGCGUCAUCGGCGACGACGGACGCUCCGUCUACAAGUUGACGGACUUCGGAGCCGCCCGGCAACUGGAGGACGACGAGCAGUUCGUCUCGCUCUACGGGACCGAGGAGUACCUGCAUCCCGACAUGUACGAGCGCGCCGUGCUGCGGAAGGAGCACCAGAAGAAGUACGGCGCCACCGUCGACCUGUGGAGCAUCGGCGUCACCUUCUACCACGCCGCCACCGGCAGCCUCCCGUUCAGACCCUUCGAGGGCCCGCGCAGGAACCAAGAAGUCAUGUACAAGAUCAUUACGGAGAAGCCGUCCGGCACCAUCUCGGGCCACCAGAAGUGCGAGAACGGCAAGAUCGAGUGGAGCACCGAGAUGCCCGUCUCCUGCAGUCUGUCCAAGGGUCUUCAGAGUCUGCUGACUCCGGUGCUGGCCAACAUCCUGGAAGCGGACCAAGAAAAGUGCUGGGGCUUUGAUCAGUUUUUCGCCGAGACCAACGACAUCCUGCACCGGGCGGUGGUCUAUGUCUUUAGCCUGCAGCAGGCCACCUUGCACCACGUCUACAUCCACGAGUACAACACGGCGGCGCUUUUCCAGGAGCUGCUGGCCCGCCGGACCAGCAUCCCCCUGCACAACCAGGAGCUCGUCUACGAGGGGCGGCGCCUGGCGUUGGAUCCCGGCAGGCAGGCCAAGAACUUCCCCAAGACCACCAGGGACAAUCCCAUCAUGCUGGUCAGCAGAGACUCGGUGGCCACCGUGGGACUCAUCUUCGAGGACCCGAGCCCCCCCAAAGUGCAGCCCCGCUACGAUCUGGACCUGGACGCCAGCUACGCCAAGACCUUCGCCGGCGACAUCGGGCACUUGUGGAAAACGUCCCAGUCGCUGCUCGUUUACCAAGAGCUGGUCCGCAAAGGAGUCCGGGGUCUCGUGGAGCUGAUGAGGGAGGACUACAACGAGAUGGUCCGCAAGCAGUCGGAGGUUUUCCACCUGUGCAAGCUGGCCACGCAGACGUUGGAAAAGAACAAGCAACUGUUGGAGGUCCUGACGCAAGCCAACGCGCUGACGUCCGAGUACGACGAGAUCGCCGACAUGCACAAGAAAGCGGUUCGGAUCGGCGCCUCGCUGGAGCCCGUCGAUCGAAGCGUGCAGGAGCUCAAGUCCAAGCUGGCGCCGGGCGGUCCGCUGAGCGACGCCUGGACCCAACAAGUGGGCACGCACCCCCAAGACAGGAAUGUGGAAAAGAUCAAAGUUCUGCUGGACGCCAUCACGGCCAUCUACCAACAGUUCAAGAAAGACAAAGCCGAGAGACGUCUCCCGUACAACGAGGAGCAGAUCCACAAGUUUGACAAACAGAAGCUGGUCCUCCACGCCGGCAAAGCUCGCUCCUUGUUCACGGAGGAGUGCGCCAUGAAGUACCGCCUCUUCAUCUCCAAAAGCGAGGAGGCCAUGAGGAAGAUUCACCACGUGAGGAAGCAGCUGCUGACCUCCGGCGCUCAGCUCAACGGCAUCGAGAAGGAAGUCCGCGUCCUGCUGGAGAGAGCCGCCAAGCUACAGGAACAGGUUCCCGGCAAAGUUCUUCCGGUUCUGCUGAGCGGUCUGAAGCCUCAAGCGUACUUGAGCCAGAACACGCUGGUGGAGAUGACGCUCGGCAUGAAGAAGCUGAAGGAGGAGAUGGAGGGCAUGGCAAAGGAACUGGCCGAGAACAACCACUUCCUGGAAAGGUUCGGGACGCUGACGCUGGACGGCGGUUUGCGCGGUUAAGCCGCGGGAGCGAGACCACGACGUGGAAAAAAUGUUUUUAAGAAAGACAGCUUUUUGUAAAUAUUUGGGCUUUGAUUUUGUAAAUAUUCAACGGAGGCCUCAGCUUUGUACGUGUGCUGAUGAUGAAAUAAAAACGUCAAGUGGUCAAACGCUUCUCAUUGCCAGGCGAGUCACGUGACGCGCGCCGUCCUCCCGGGCCGGUUGCCACGGCGACGGCCGCAGUUGCCGUGGCGACGGCCGGCGACGGCUUCGUCACCGGACGUCGAGGGCUUUCGGAUGUGCAAUUUUUCAGGGAAACGAACGGC